AUGGACGAUCUCCAGUCCUUAGAGCUUUUUUCGCUCGUGUCGCGAAUUACGGGUGAGCUCCAGAAUCACUUAGGCGUCAGUGACAAGACACUCGCUGAGUUCGUGAUUGACCAGCAUCUAUCAUGUGGUUCGUUUGCCGAAUUCAAGGGCAAGUUGGAGGAUAUGGGUGCGGAGUUCCCCCAGAGUCUGAUGGAGAGUAUCGAUCGCCUGGUUCUUACCAUGCACCCGAAAUACAAAGCGAAGAAGUCAGAAACUACAAACGAUACGGCGGAGGGGAAUGGGGACAUGGAUGUGCUCGAUGCUCUCGAGAAGAAAGCACGUGUCUUCAAAGGGCUCGCCGUUCCAGACAAGCAACAGCAUUGGGAUGAAGAGGAUCACAUUCGAAACCGAGAUGUUGAUGAGAGCGACACGAAGGCUGGUGCCAUGGACGACACAUUUGCCAUGUUGGAGGGACUAGCAGGAAAGGCCCAGGAAGAAAAGGGUCGCUCUACGCGAGACGAGCGUGUCAGCAGAAAGAGAAGCAGAAGCCCAGAUCACAAUGAGUACAGCCGUGGUCGCAGGCGCGACGCCAGAUAUCGCUCCCGGUCCCGGUCGCGCAGCCCGUACUACAGCAAGAGAGAUAACGAAGUCGAUGAAUUCGGCCGAUCAACGAGCAAGUACAAUUCUCGGGACGAUGAACUUCGUAGCGGGCGCAGCGAACGGAGGCGGCUGCAUAACCGCGACGACGAUGACGACUAUUUUCGCAAACCUCCCCCGGUCGAACUGGACGAUCAACCUAUACUCUACAAGAUCUAUGAUGGAGUCGUUACCGGAGUCAAAGACUUUGGCGCCUUUGUGAAUCUCAAAGGGGUGAAAGGCAAAGUGGAUGGUUUGGUGCAUGUCUCCGCAAUGCUAGAAGGGGCACGAGUCAACCAUCCCUCUGAUUUAGUAUCACGAGGCCAACCAGUCAAGGUCAAGGUCAUCAGCAUACAAGGCUCGCGUAUUGGCUUAUCGAUGAAAGAAGUGGAUCAAGUCACUGGCCUUGAUCUUAUUCCUCAAAAGCGCAUCGCAUCAGGUGCCAACUUGGAGCGACUUGAAGGUGUCUCUGGAAAAGAUAGAUACGGAAAUUUAAGCUCGGAGGUGCCAGUAAUCGAGGAUCACGACGGGAAGCCCAUGAAGAGCCGUAAACGAUUGACCUCGCCGGAAAGAUGGGAGAUAAAACAACUCAUUGCAUCUGGUGCAGUCUCGGCCGCUGACUAUCCUGAUAUUGACGAAGAGUACCAUUCCACUUUGACUGGCGAGGGUGCUUUUGAGGAAGAAGAAGAUGUUGAUAUUGAAGUUCGCGACGAAGAACCUCCUUUCCUGGCCGGUCAAACGAAGAUGUCUUUGGAACUCUCCCCUAUCAGGGUUGUCAAGGCUCCUGACGGCUCCAUGAACCGUGCUGCGAUGGCAGGUACGAAUUUAGCCAAGGAACGAAGAGAUUUGAGACAGCAAGAGGCUCAGGAUAAGGCCGCAGAACAAGCGGCUGAGGUUGAUCUCAGUGCACAAUGGCAAGAUCCCAUGGCAGGUCCGGAUCAGAGGAAGUUUGCAGUUGAGUUACGGAACGCUCAACAACCUAAACCCGACGAUGCGGUGCCCGAGUGGAAGAGAGUCACAAUGGGCAAAAAUCAGUCGUUCGGCAAGAGGACAAACAUGUCAAUCAAACAACAGCGGGAGAGCUUGCCAGUUUACAAGUUUCGCGAACAGCUGCUUGACGCUGUUCGUGACAAUCAGCUGUUAAUUGUUGUUGGAGACACUGGAUCAGGGAAGACUACCCAGGUCACACAGUAUUUGGCGGAGGCAGGAUACGCGAACAAUGGCAUCAUCGGUUGCACUCAACCUAGACGUGUCGCAGCAAUGUCGGUUGCCAAACGAGUGGCAGAAGAAGUUGGUUGCCGACUGGGUGCCGAGGUCGGAUACACGAUUCGUUUCGAGGAUUGUACCAGUCCUGAAACCAAGAUAAAAUACAUGACCGACGGUAUGCUUCAGAGAGAGGUUCUGCUGGAUCCUGAUCUGAAGAGGUAUUCCGUGAUCAUGCUGGAUGAGGCUCACGAGCGGACUAUCGCUACUGAUGUGCUCUUUGGACUCUUGAAGAAGACAAUCAAGCGAAGGCCUGAUCUUCGGCUCAUCGUUACAUCAGCCACUUUGGAUGCCGAGAAGUUCUCUGAGUACUUCAACAAAUGCCCCAUUUUUUCGAUUCCCGGUCGUACUUACCCUGUUGAGGUCAUGUAUUCGAAAGAGCCUGAACCUGAUUAUCUGGACGCGGCUCUCAUUACAGUGAUGCAGAUUCACCUGACAGAGCCGGCAGGCGAUAUCCUUCUUUUCUUGACAGGACAGGAGGAGAUUGACACAGCCUGUGAGAUUCUAUAUGAGCGGAUGAAGGCUCUUGGCUCAACAGUACCCGAGCUGGUUGUUCUUCCAGUUUACUCUGCCUUGCCCAGCGAGAUGCAGAGUAGGAUCUUCGAGCCUGCACCACCAGGUGGUAGAAAGGUGGUUAUCGCAACAAAUAUUGCUGAGACUUCGAUUACAAUUGAUAACAUCUACUAUGUCAUUGACCCUGGCUUUGUCAAGCAGAAUGCUUAUGAUCCCAAGCUUGGCAUGGACUCUCUGGUGGUGACACCCAUUUCCCAGGCACAGGCCAAACAACGAGCUGGUCGUGCAGGAAGAACUGGCCCAGGAAAGUGCUACCGUCUGUACACCGAAGCAGCUUACCAGUCGGAAAUGCUACCCACGACAAUUCCUGAAAUUCAGCGUCAGAACCUCUCGCAUACCAUUCUCAUGCUCAAGGCCAUGGGUAUCAACGACUUGCUUCAUUUCGACUUCAUGGACCCUCCUCCUACAAACACCAUGCUUACUGCGUUGGAAGAGCUCUAUGCUCUAUCUGCCCUUGAUGAUGAAGGUCUUUUGACAAGGUUGGGCCGUAAAAUGGCAGACUUCCCGAUGGAGCCAGCUCUAGCCAAGGUCCUCAUUGCAUCAGUGGACAUGGGUUGCUCUGAGGAAAUGUUGAGUAUCGUCGCUAUGCUGUCGAUCCAGUCGGUAUUCUAUCGCCCGAAGGAGAAGCAGCAACAGGCAGAUCAGAAGAAAGCCAAAUUUCACGAUCCGCAUGGUGAUCAUUUGACUUUGCUCAAUGUAUACAACGGGUGGAAGAACUCCAAAUUCAACAACGCAUGGUGUUUCGAGAACUUCAUACAGGCACGUCAAAUUCGUCGGGCACAGGAUGUCCGACAACAACUUAUGGGUAUUAUGGACCGAUACCAUCACAAGAUCGUCUCAUGCGGAAGAAAUACGGUGAAGGUACGGCAAGCCCUGUGUACUGGAUUCUUCAGGAACGCAGCCCGAAAAGACCCUCAGGAAGGCUACAAGACUCUGGUCGAAGGUACACCGGUCUACAUGCAUCCUAGUUCUGCGCUAUUUGGCAAGCCGGCAGAGCAUGUCAUCUAUCAUACCCUCGUGCUUACCACGAAGGAAUACAUGCACUGUACUACCGCCAUCGAGCCUAAAUGGCUAGUCGAGGCCGCACCGACCUUCUUCAAAGUGGCGCCCACCGAUCGCCUCUCGAAGCGCAAGAAGGCAGAGCGUAUUCAACCACUGCAUAAUCGCUUCGCGGGAGAAGAUGAUUGGCGUCUUUCCGCACAACGCCGCCAAGGAAGGGGUGGUGGUGGAGGUACAUGGGGUUAA